AUGGGACUUGCUCUUGACCAUCACCGCCCUCGCACGCUUGAUUUGCACCUCUACUUAGCUCUACUUCCGGCUCCCAAGCGAUCUGCCCGAGUUGUUGGGCUCACAAAGGAUCCGGCACAUGAGAGCGAUGAGAAUGAGAGGCUGCUGGACAUCUAUCGGUUUAUCGUGAUACUACAUGAACCAGACCGUCAAGUAGACAACGUGUAA